AUGAAAUUAUCAACAAAGUUAUGGCAGAGUGUUGCCAAGAAUUAUGCCAAACUUCUCGAAGAAGAAGAAACUUGUGAUGUGUCUAUAAUUGUUGGAAGUGGUGAAGAUGUAAAAACAUUUUAUGCACACUCAUUAAUCUUGCGAACUCAAACACCUUAUUUUCAUACUGCUUUGUCAGCUCAAUGGGGAAAAAUGAAGGACGAUAAAAUGUUCUUAACAAAACCAAAUGUCACACCUGCGAUAUUUGAAGAUAUUCUCAAUGAAUUAAAGUUAGAUGACAAAGAUGUUCAACACUUGCUUGGUCUAUUGUCUGCUUCUGAUGAAUUGAUUCUUCCGACACUUUCCGAACAUGUUCAAAAAUAUCUUGCAAUACAUCAAGCAUCAUGGAUAAAGGAACAUCCAUUAGAAACGUUAAAUGCGGCGUUUCAACAUGAAACUUGGAAAGAAUUACAAAAUUGUUGUGUAUCAACAAUAUCAAAUUAUGGCAAAAUUGCUGCAUAUCGAGCUUCAUUGUCAAAAUAUGCUACAACAAGACCAAAUGGAUUCAAAAGAGUGAUUAUUGGACCGUAG